ACGGACGUUCUGUGCUGUAUGAUCUUCAUACUGUUUAUUAUGGGCUACAUUCUGUUAGGACUCUUGGCUUGGGUACAUGGUGACCCCAGGAAAAUGGCCUACCCUACAGACAGCCAGGGACAAUUCUGUGGCCAGAAGGGAACCCCCAAUGAGAACAAGACAGUUCUGUUUUACUUUAACAUAUUUAGAUGUACCGGCACAUCCAUGAUGCUUCCCCUACAGUGCUCUACCACACAGAUCUGUGUCUCCAGGUGCCCAGAGAGAUUCCUGACCUACGUGGAUAUGCAAAUUUUGAACAAAAAAGACAAAAACUACUGGGAAUACUAUCGGCAGUUCUGCAAGGCCCAGGCCAGGCCUGUGGAGACUCUCGCAGACCUUCUGUCCAGUGGUGACUGUCCUCUAGCAGUGUACCCAAGCAGACCUUUUCUGCAGAGAUGUGUCCCUGACUUUUCAGCCAUCAAUGGUAACUUGACUUUAGAAAGCAGGAUGCACUUUGAAGAUGGAAGUGGGCAGAAGAGGACCAUGGUAGAACUCAGGGAGGCUGCGAGUGGCAUUAGUGACGUGAUUGACGCCCGGGCAAUUGGGCUGAAGGUGCUUGAAGACUAUUCGACAUCGUGGAAGUGGAUUCUCCUUGGCCUGACUAUUGCCAUGGUGCUGAGCUGGACGUUUUUGGUUCUCCUGAGGUUCACAGCUGGAUUCCUCUUCUGGUUCUUCAUAUUCGGUGUGCUUGGAAUUAUAGGAUACGGAAUAUGGUACUGUUUUCUGGAGUACAACAGCAUUCAGCAGAAACCACAGUCCGCGAUCUGGAUGUACGGCAUCGGGAUGCAGACGAGGCUGAACAUGUUCUUUCACUUGAAGGAGACCUGGUUUUCUAUGAUGAUCAUCUUGUCAACCAUUGAAGUCGUCAUCAUCAUUGUGCUGAUCUUCCUCAGAACUCGGAUCCAAGUGGCCAUUAUCCUGCUAAAGGAAGGAAGCAAAGCCAUUGGCUACCUUCCCAGUGCGUUAGUCUACCCAUUUUUAACCUUCAUCUUGCUAUCAAUUUGCAUUUCCUACUGGGCUGUGACAGCUGUUUUCUUGGCUACAUCAGGGGUACCAAUAUUCAAAGUUAUGGUCCCAGAGGGGGGAUGUAUACAUGAAGAUGAAGCUUGUGACCCAGAGAUUUUUCCUAACACUGACAUUCCCAAAGCCUGCCCCGGAGCGUCAUGUAACUUUGCUUUCUAUGGUGGAAGGAGCAUGUACCACAACUACAUCUCGACCUUCCAGAUCUACAACCUCUUUGCCUUCCUUUGGCUCAUAAACUUUGUCAUUGCCUUGGGUCAGUGUGCCCUUGCUGGUGCCUUUGCUUCAUAUUACUGGGCCAUGAGAAAACCCGAAGACAUCCCGAGGUACCCACUCUUCACUGCCUUCGGGCGAGCAGUACGAUACCACACGGGGUCUCUAGCCUUUGGAUCUUUGAUCCUUGCCUUCGUUCAGAUGUUUAAAGUGAUCGUAGAAUACCUGGACAGGCGACUUAAAAAGGCUCAGAACAGUGCUGCUCAGUUCCUGCACUGCUGCCUACGGUGCUGUUUCUGGUGUUUGGAAAAGAUGGUGAAGUUUUUAAACAGAAAUGCCUACAUCAUGAUUGCAUUAUAUGGCAAAAACUUCUGCGAGUCCACAAGGGAUGCUUUCUAUCUGCUCAUGAGAAACAUUCUGAAAGUCAAAGUUACAGAUGAAGUCACCUACUUUGUAUUACUCAUGGGAAAAAUCCUAGUCUCUGGGAUUGUAGGUGUCUUGGCCUUCCUACUCUUCACAGAGAGACUGCAAAAAAUUGUAGAGGGACCAACGAGUUUAAAUUACUACUGGGUCCCCUUCCUGACUCUUGUGUUUGGAUCUUACCUGAUUGCUCAUGGGUUCUUCAGCGUCUAUUCGAUGUGUGUUGAGACCAUUUUCAUCUGCUUCUGUGAAGAUCUGGAGAGGAAUGAUGGGUCUGCAGAGAAACCUUACUUUGUAACACCCAGCCUGCACAGCAUUCUGACCAAGAAGCGCCCGGUUCCCCAGAGAUAGACAGAGUAGACAGCUCCGGGCAGGAACUUCGUGAAUUAGGUCAACUGCGAUGCAAAAAUAUGCUUUAGAGCAGUGGGCGAGUAUUUCUGCUGUUUCCGAAAGGGUGCACUGGGUACCCUGUCUGAGGGAUCAGGCAUUCGACGGUGGCCUAGUUUACUUUAUAGACAGUGGUCCCGAGCGCAAACGCCUGUAAGCCGACAAUGUUUUAAUAACUUUUAUAACUUUGCUAGCCUUUCUUUUUUACAAGUGUGUAUUUGUAAAGGGUAUUCAGGCGGGUUUUUUUCCUACAACACUAUAAAUGUGUGAGCAAUUAGCCAUAAAAAUACCGAGUUGUAGUUGACCAGCAUAUUGUACUGGAUUUGUAAAUGUGCUGCUCUGGUGGUAGUUUCUGUUUAAGCUGGUGAACAGCUCUCUAAAACUGUGAUCCAACUUGUACUCCCGAUUUCCUAGAAAGCCUAUUUCAAAUGGGUGAGUUAGUCCGCGACAAACUGGAGAGGGGCAGGCCCCGUGGGCUCAGCACUAACGCUGCUGCAAAGUGAGCCUGGAGCCUCAUUUCUGUUUUAGUGAAAUGAGACUCUGAGUGUUGGGGUAUCCUCUCCACAGCCGUAAACCUCAGGCCACCUGAGCAGGGCGGAAAUGGCUACCUCCCUCAUCUCUUGCCUCCCCUGAGCUUCCAAUCACAGCCAUGUAGAAGGCCCGUGGACUCUCCUCUUCGUGGGUACACCCCUGAGCAAGGUCAAAGUUCAACUCUCAGAGAGGGAGCAAAGUGGAUGAGUCUGUUCAGACCAGUGGCCUCCUAUCAGGUACCACGUCUGGUGCUUCCCUGGGGUAUGUAUGUUUCAGGUCAAGAGUUCCGCCAGCACCACAGCCCCAGGGCUUAGAAUGGGAGCUGGUUUGUUGUGGCCACGCCUCAAUCUCAUGCGGUGCAGAAAAGUGUGAAUUGGACCCGUAGGUGUUGCAUGCUAUCCUCUGUGUUAGACACGGGCCACCUGGCUAGGUAUAAAAACCUCUCCCCGGGGCACAGGAUUAACCGGUGCCCUUUUGGUUUUGACACUAAACCAUGUAUGUCAGAUCGUCUAUUAAUACUGUAAUGUGUGGCUACCAAUACAGUCCACACACUUGAGAGUCGGAAAUAUAUCCUUGUGCUAUAAGUUAAUAUGAAUGCUAAUUUACUUAUCCUGAAGUGUGUGAACCUAGAUUUAGAAUGGUUGAAUGCCAACUUCCUACACAGAACCAAUAAUUCCAGAAGGUUUUUGAAGUAUUAUUGGUCCACACGGCAGACACCCCACCUUGUUCUUGGCUUUACUCUAUUGAGAUUAUCAGUCCCAAAUGUCACCUGUCAUUUUUUAUUCCUUGAUAACAGAGAAAAGCAAUCGCUUAUCUAUUUUUUCUUGUAUUUUAGUAGUAUUUUAUUUACAACUGUGCAAGGACCUCAACAAAAAACUGUGACAGUGGUGACAUUAGUGAGCCUGUAUCUGCCGGUGUCCACCCCCACGAGCUUGUGUGAGGAUGAGGACCAUGACAAACACUCUGGUUGAUUCAGAUACAUAUGAAAACUGUGGGGUUGGCUAUAAGUCAGAUAUAAGAAAUUAGCUGUCUGGUUUGCUGUGUUAUGGUAUAUUCCCACUCAGAAAAACAUAGUCUCCGUUUGUUAAUUCUGUAAUUACAACGCGUAGAGUAAAAGAAUGAAUGUUGUUUUGUAGAAGAGUUUUAGAAGCCAUUUUUCUUACACAGCAAUUAAAGUUUUAAAACACAGAGCAAUAUUUCCAGAACUGUUUAUGGAAGGGUUUGAGAUUACACACAAAGAUCUCUUUGUCAAGGCUUUACAAUCUAAAUUGCCAUUGGCAAAACAAAGGCAAUUUGGAAAUAGAUAUUGUAAUUUAGAAAGUAAAUUUGGAUGGGGAGUAAAUGUUAUUUCCUCAGUCAUUCCAUGGAAAUGCUUGAACCGUCGCCAGAACUGACCUGGGACACAGAAUGAAAUGAUAUCUCAUCGAUGUACUAAUAAGGGCUGAUUGUUUUCUCAUAGCUGUUUACAAGGAUGCUGAUGCCGUCUAAAACGACGCUUGGCGUUGCUGUGCAGCGGGUGGACAGCAGGUGGCGAUGUUGCUCCUCCCACCGCUUCGCUGCUCUAUUGACUGUGCCCUCCUCCCUCCUAGUGGAAGACCUAGAAACAAACGAAGGCUCUCCUUCAAGACCCUAUUUCGUGACUCCUACUCUAAUGAACGUUUUGGUGGAGCGGGACAAGAUCAAGAAGCAGUAGGAGAGCCAGCUGGGCAUCCUGCCGCCUGUGUCGCCUCCCACACUAUCCGUCCAACACACCUUCCGUAGUGCUUUGGUUGGGGACAUUCCUAUCCCCGCCUUGCUGGCUUGUGUUUGCAUCUUAUACCAAAGCCCACGCUGUAGCCCGUGAAGCCAUCAGAAGUCACAAGGGAAUUGCUAAUUACAUGCAACAUUUUUAUACUAAGAUCUUUCGUUUUGUAAUUUAUUUUCAUUAAUUUUUUUUUUUACAUAGAGUGACUUGGACGUUUGGAAAAAUAUAUUGAACAUUCAUAAUCUUUUUAAUAGUAACUUGAUGAAGGAUAUGAUUUGAAUUGAUAGCUCCUGGUAUAUUUUUAAAGACAUCUGUAGGGAAAAUUGGUAAUUAAAGCAAGAUAAAUGUUUUUUAAGGCCCUCCCCCACUCCUGUUUGACAGUCAACCGGUUAAGCGGACCACCCGCUUUGGUCUUUGCCGCAGUAGAGAAUGCAUCCUGUGAGAGCUGCCAGUCAGUCACCCAGCCCUUACCACUCAAUUCUCUCAGUGCCUUCCUGACUGGUCAGUACUUCCCGGAUCCUGUGGGCAAGCGUACAGACCUUGUUUGAAAGAAAUUAAACUUUAAAACCCCUGCAAUGUUGAGUGAUGAAAAGUCUGCUCAUGUUUCCUUUGUUUUGUUAGUUUGGUUUGGUUUGGUUUUUUGUGUUUUGUUUCAUUUUGUUUUGUUUCGUUUUUUUUUUUUUUCCCUAGUCUUGCUCACUGACUGGACUCCACUCGCCACGAUGCUACUUUUGAUAUCCUCACCAUGAGAGGGGUACAUUGUGUGCUACAAACAAUUCCCCUUGUGCCUGGUGGAUUUUCACAAAUGGGUACCACACACAAGCAAAGCAUGUUGGACUUGUCUUUGUUUUUACUAAAAGACAUUUUAAAGGAUAAUCUUUUCUACAGUGGUUCCUUAAAAAUGUAGGUCAGCAUGUACACGUCCGGUGUCUUACCCAUCCCUGAAGGGGCAGCUUGUGGGAGUUUCACAGGGAAACCUUCCCUCAGAGGGGAAGUUGUGUGUUGUGCUGAAAACUCCCUCACAGCAUGGCUCUCCCACCCUGUCGUGGACUGUCAAUUCCACUAACUUUUGUAUGAAACGACCUGUCUACCUGUCAGGGUUUUUAUUGUGCCAAUAGAAACUGGAACAGUUUUUUUUAAAAUUCAGUUUCGAAUAAUUUUAUGAGGAUUGCUAAGUUUUAGGAGAACUUGACUCAUCGAGUCACCCCUGUGAUGGGGAUUAGUGAAAGUCAGUCAACAGUAACUCACUGUUGUUUAUUGAUGGUUUGUUGAAAACUCACUUUAGAUACCUUUCUACCAAAAAGUUCCCACCGGCGCCUUGCAGUGUGGGCUCACCAACCCCCUACCCUCACUCCGCCCCACGCCUGGUGGUUUGGGCUCUCCUGAGCCCAUGGCGGUGUGAGUUAUGUAAUUAGUAUGUCUCUGCUAUGCAGGAACACUGAAAGCAAACGGUCUAGAUACAUUUGAUAGCUAAAAUGGUUAAUAUUUAAUGAAAUCUGUUGGUAUUCAUUGUAUAUUUGGUUUCUUCUAAUAAAGAUUUCCAUAAGAGACAG